CUACAAGCUGAACCCGCCUCCUGGAGCCAUGUCCAGCUCACGUCCUUUAGCAGCCGCGACAGGCCGCAGGAGCCACGCGUUCCUUCGUGGCUUGGUGGCGGCACUGUUGGCCUGGUGGCUGAGCGUCCAAGCAGCGCAGGCCUUUGGCUACACCGGUGGAAGCGCAAAGGUCCAGGCCAGGAGCGAAGGGCUGCGGACGACCGUCGGAGUGCGUGAGAAGUUCGGCAGCUUGGCGCGUAAAAGGGCUGAUGGAAAGAAGUUCAAGGCAGCAGGAGGUGGCAAGUCGCGUGCUGCCUCUUCGGGCAGGAAGGACGAUGAGAGUGAGGCCCGCAUUUUGACGUCUAGAAUCAAAGAAGCUCCGGCAGCUGCUGAGUUGCUUGGCAUCUUGGAUGAGGCGGUAGAGGUUCCUUACUUCAACCACAUCCAUGCGUCAGCGGCAUAUCACAGCUUGGCAACCUUUCAUCGGAAGGGCACACUACAUGAUUGUGGAGAGAGCCCCCAAAUCCUGAGGCUCCACGCAAAGGUUGAGGAGGUGCUAAGCAAAAAAACAGUCGAUGCGCGAGCAACUGCCAAUGUUUUUUGGGCUUUGGCGGUGCUGAUUGAUGCAGCUCCCACAAUCAUUCAGUUGCUUCCCACCUUGGUGAAAGCUUUUCGAGCCACGGCCCGCAGCAUGAAGGCGCAGGAGUUGGCGAACUGCUUGUGGGCAUUUGCGCAGUUGAAGGGCAUUGCACCUGAAGUGCUGAGCCUGGUCCCGACACUCAUUGCUCAGAUCCCAGGAAAGGCUUGUGACAUGAAACCACAAGAGUUGUCCAACAGUUUGUGGGCAUCAGCGCAAUUGAAGGAUGUCGCGCCUGAUGUGCUGGAUAUUGUGCCGGUACUUGUUGAAGAGAUUCCAAGCAAGGCUUCUGGCAUGAAACCACAAGAGUUGUCCAACAGCUUGUGGGCAUCAGCGCACUUGAAGGAUGUGGUGCCUGAUGUGCUGAAUAUUGUAAAAGAGCUUGUUGAAGAGAUUCCAGACAAGGCAGCUGAGAUGAUUCCUCAACACUUGUCAAACUGCUUGUGGGCAUCAGCGCACUUGAAGGAUGUUGCACCUGAUGUGCUGAACAUUGUGCCAGCACUUGUUGAGGAGAUUCCACACAAGGCUUUUGCAAUGAAACCACAAGAGAUGUCUAAUUGUUUGUGGGCGUCAGCACAAUUGAAGGAUGCCACGCCGGAUGUGCUGAAGAUUUUGCCAGCACUUGUUGAAGAGAUACCUAGCAUCGCUACUGAGAUGAAACCACAAGAGUUGUCCAACAGCUUGUGGGCUUCAGCACACUUGCAGGAGGUUGCUCCUCGGGUGCUGAACAUGGUGUCAGCUCUUGUUGCGCAGAUCCAAAGGAAGGUUGACCUGAAUCCUCAACAGUUGUCCAACUGCCUUUGGGCAUUGGCCAGGCUGAAGAAUGUGGUGCCUGAUGACAUCGUCGUGGCUUUAGCUGGCAUUCUGCCACAGAUCCUUGGCAAGGCAGGUGAGAUGAUUGCUCAGGAUUUGGCAAACUCCUUGUGGGGCCUGGUGAGUCUUCAAGUUUCUGGACUUGUGCCUGCUGCAUCCGCCAGCAGCGUGCUAGAAUUUACGAGGCUCGCCGCUGUUCGCUUUAGCCAACUGCUGCCUCGAUUGAAGGGCAAAGACUUGCGCUUGGGCAUGCCCACCGUGGUUUGGGCCUGUGCACAGUUGGGCCUUCACCAGAAUGAACUAUUGACCUCAGUAGAAGCGGCAAUCGGAUCCAAGGCCAAGGUUUCUUCGCUCUCUGACUGGAGUCUUUGUGCAUUGGUUUGGUCUUACAGGACGCUUGAUAAAACAAAACUCUUUAAGAACAUUGUCCGAAAGUUACAAGCUGAAGCGGCCAAGAGAGGAUUGUCUCAGUCUGAUAUUGAGAGCAGCAAGCUAGGGCAUCUAGGAUGGAGUAGAGCCGCCGGCCACCUCAAAAGACAGGGCUGAGAUGGUGGAUCAGUCCUGCAGGAUCGUGCAAGAUAGUGUUGCUUUCUAGAAUGUCAAGAGUCCAUGAAUCUCACGGCUAGUAUAAUGAGUAAGAUACGCAGUUCUCCUCCCUGAUUAUGUUUUGUUAGGCCCUUUAGAGGCGGUGCGUCGACCUUGCUGUACAGGAUCCUGGCACCAUCUCGGGCCGAGUGCUGGUGACCCACUAUGCACCGCCUGUGGUCCGAGUGCAGGGUUUGUGCAGUGGUGAUCGGUCCCGUUUGGCAUGUCAAGACCAACCUUCCUUUGGUCAUCGGUGGGAGUUUUGCUGGGAAAUGCUGCACACGUCGAGCAA